AUGACGGGGGCAAAAGAGCAUGCUGGGGAACGGGAGGUCCGCAGAGAUUUACCUGGCGAGGCCGCACCCAUUGGAGUCCCAAAAUCGCCUCCAGCGCCAGCCGGGUCUCUGUCAGUCGUGCUCCCUGCUUUGUGGAUGUCAGUCAGUUCCCCUGUUCCAGCCCAGCCAGUCAAUGUGUUUGUCACCAUGGACUGUGUUUUAUCCCCCACCCCACUACCUGGACCCGCCUAUCUGAGGAUUGUGCUGCUGGGAAAGACAGGAACAGGAAAGAGUGCAACAGGAAACACCAUCCUGGGAAGAUACAUAUUUGAACCUGUGUUGCUCACUAAAUCCUGUGAAGCAUUCAGUAAAGUGCAAGCUGACAGGACCAUCUCAAUCAUCGAUACUCCAGGGGUGUUUGAUACAUCAAAGCUUGAAGAGCAGGUAAAGGCUGAAAUAGUGAAGUGUGUCUGCAUGUCUGCUCCUGGUCCUCAUGCAUUCCUGUUAGUGGUCAGAGCGGAUGUGAGAUUCACUGAUGAAGAGAAGAACACAGUGAAAUGGAUUCUGGAGAACUUUGGAAAAGAUGCUGUAAACUACACCAUCAUGCUGUUCACUCAUGCCGAACAGCUGGGGGAUAGAGAUUUUUCUGUCUUUCUUAGAGAAAGUGAAAAUCUCCAGUCACUGGUUAACAGCUGUGGUGGCAGAUAUCACUUAUUCAACAAUGUGGACAAAGAUAAUCAAGAUCAGGUCACAGAAUUGCUGACAAAAAUUGACAAAAUGUAGGACCGCACUACACCAAUGAUAUGUAUAAAGAAGCCCAGAAAAUUCUGGAGUGGGAGAAUAUAAAACAAAAAGCAACAAACGUUGGAAAAAUUGCACUAGUUGCAUUAGGAGGAGCAGCGGCAGGAGUUGUAGCAUUUGUAGCAGCAGGAGGAGCAGGAGCAACUGCAGUAGUAGGAGCAACAGCUACUUAUACUGUAUUAAAUUAGAAGUAAGUAAAGCAGCAAUGAAAAUGAUAAGAAAAGCAGAAGCAUUGGCAGUAAGGAAAAAGCUAGAGAUGACUGAUUAGCAGUCUUGGGGCCCUAUUUUUGUAAGGUUCAGGGCUACAGUACGUGCUACAGCUAUCUGGUAUAUCUAAUCCAAUUAUAUGUGGGUUUAUACACACAAAAUGACAUUGACAGAUAUAAAAUAAUAAUAAAUAUCCAAUUCACAUAUCACAAUCAAUAACAUAUAUUGACCCUUCUAUUAUGUUUAAAAAUAAUGACAGCUGUGAUGUUCGGGUCAAAAAUGAACCGUAUAGAUUCAGAAGAUUUUCAGUAGAUUUUGUCUAUUAUUUAUUGCAGGAAAAUUGGCACUGCCUUACCUACACGUUGUCACACUAAACACAGGCUUAUAUAGGAGAUUUGUAACUGGAAAGAGUGCCACCUAUAUAUCAAUUGUGGUACUACUCGGGUACAGAAGAUUCACAGUAAAUCCUUAG